UUCCCUGAGGGGGGUAAACAAACGACGACAACAACAACAACGAAAAACUUAAUUUUUUUGGCCGUGUGAGAUUUUUUUCGUAUUCAUAUUGGUGAAAUUACGGGUACAUUUACAAAAAAAAAAAAAUUAAAAAGCAUUAAAAAUAAGAAAGGAACACGUCAGAAAGACCCCUACACGGUAGACAAAAUACUCACUUGUUUCCUUACAGCAAGACUGAAUCGAAAGCUGCCAAAGAGCCCCAUAAAGAAAAGACUAAAAGGGAGAAAGAACAAGAAACACAAGAAGAGGAACAUUUGAUGGAAGAAAAGAAAAAGAAAAAGCAGGAAGAAAAGAAAAAGAAGGAAGGUGCUCAGAAAAAGGCUGCUGAACAAAAAACCAAAGGAACCAGCAGAGGCUUUUUCCAUAAGAUUAGAAAAUGUGUUCCAGCCCACAAAUCAGUGCCAGAACCUAUUAAGAGCAGUUUAAGCCAGCCCCAAGCUGCCGGUACCGGUACCAGUACUUCCACCAGCACUCUCAGCAGCAGCAGCAGCAGCAGCAGCAAUGGCAAGCGCGCGGCUGCCAACGGGCAGCAGCCUGCGGCGUCCCGCUACCUGCCCCGAGAGGUGCCUCCCCGCUUCCGCCAGCAGGAACAGAAGCAGCUCCUAAAGAGGUGAGAGCCACUGCCCGCCGGGGCUCUCAGCGCCCCCGGGGCCCUCAGCGCCCCCGGCCCGGCGCCAGCAGCGGGAGCCAGCCCUCCUCCUCCUCCUCCUCCUCCUCCUCCUCCUCCUCAGCAGGGACAGCAGCAUCCCAGCAAGGCCCAGCCAGAUCUCAGCCACAGUGGAUUGGGAGACCAUUAUGAGAAUUCCCACUGGGGACAGCAGCCCGCUUUCAGG